AUGGCCACGACGUCGUCGCACAACAAGAAAUCCUCGUCCGUCAAGCGCAUCCUCUCCGAGGCGCGCGAGCUCUCGGCGGACACGUCGACAGAGUACACGGCCGCACCCCUCGAGGACAACAUCUUCGAGUGGCACUUUACGCUGCGCGGGCCCUCGUCGUCCGAGUUCGCAGACGGCCUCUACCACGGCCGCAUCCUCCUCCCCGCCGAGUACCCCAUGCGCCCGCCCAGCCUCCUGAUCCUCACGCCCAACGGACGGUGGGAGCUCAACAAGAAAAUCUGCCUCACCUUCACCGGCUUCCACGAGGAAAUGUGGCAACCGGCCUGGGGUAUCCGCACCGCGCUCCUCGGCAUCCAGACUUUUAUGACGGCCAAGGCCGAGGCUGCCGUCGGCAUCGGGGCGUUGGACUACUCGGUCGAGGUGCGCGAGAAGCUGGCAAAGGAAUCGAGGAACUGGAAGUGCCCAACCUGCAACUGCACCAAUCUCGAGCUCCUCCCUGACCCGGACCCGGCAGAAGGCGCGAGGAAGGUCGAGGCGCUGCCCGAAGGCCUCACCAUCGACGCGGCCCGCUCGACGAAGAAGGAGGGCGAGGCAGCAGCAGCAGCAGCAGCAACAGCGGCAGCAGCAACCUCGUCCACGUCCUCGUCCUCCUCACAACCUUCUGGAGAUACUGCGGCCCAGGCGGUGCCACCGCUCCUUGCAGCCAGGAAUGAAGCAUCGGCCGUCGCAGCACCUGCUUCCAGCACCACCGCGACGAUAGCGGCCGCACCAUCGCCAGCAGCAGCGACAGCGGAUAAUGUCUCGUCGCAGGCAGCGGCCGCGGCAUCGACUGGCGUGGCGGAAGCCGCAGCAGCGCAUGGGCCGACGACAACGACACCAGCGCCGCUACCAUCGGGCCCUGAUCCGGUCCGGGCGCCGACGACCGCGACCGCGGCCACCGCUCCCACGCCGAACAGGACCACGGCACCACCACCGGCACCACGCACCGCUAGCCUGCCGAGCGGUGCACCCGCCCGAACAUCGUCCAGCGAGCAGACCUUGGCCCUCAUCGAUCGCUGCAUCGCUCUGUUGGUAGGACUGGUGGCGCUGCUCAUCAUCAAGCGGCUAGUGUAG